AUGCCCGGCCGCCUCGAAGGCAAAAUCGCCAUCGUCACCGGCGGAGGCUCAGGCUUCGGCGCCGGCAUUGCGCAGAAAUUCGUCUCAGAGGGAGCCCGAGUGCUGAUUGCUGAUCUCUCUGAAGAAAACGGCAGCAAGAUUGCGCAGUCGCUCAACUGCAGCUUUGCGCGAGCCGACGUCACCAAGCGCGCAGACUGGGAAGCGCUGCUGCAAACAGCCCUCGAUACGUUUGGCGCGCUGGAUAUUGUGGUCAACAAUGCUGGUUCGACAUACCACAACAAGCCAACCGAAACAGUCACCGAUGAUGAGUUUGACAUGGUCAUGAAUGUGAAUGUCAAGUCUAUUUAUCUGUCGUCGAGCGUGUUGGUGCCGUACUUUUUGAAGAACCAGCGCAAGGGCAGCUUUAUCCAGAUCUCGUCGACUGCCGCGCUGAGACCGCGACCUGGUUUGACCUGGUAUAAUGCGUCCAAGGGAGCAGUCAGUACGGCAACGAAGACUAUGGCCGUGGAGUAUGGGCCCAAGGGGAUUCGCUUCAAUGCCAUUUGUCCAGUGGUGGGGAGCACUGCCUUAACUCAUCUCUUCAUUGGCAAGCCUGAUACGGAGGAAAACAGGGCUGGCUUUGUCUCGACUAUCCCGCUGGGCAGACCGAGUACCCCGGCAGACAUAGCCAAUGCUACUUGUUAUCUGGCGAGCGAUGAGGCGGAAUUUAUUACAGGUGUGGAUCUAGAGGUUGACGGAGGGAGAUGUGUCUAG